AUGAAAGGCUUCAGAAUUCUAACAACAACCACUCUCACCACUUCACCCAAACCCAACCCCACUUCCCUACUCCGCGCCUUCUUCUCCGCAGAACCCCUCCCUCCCGAAUCCGAUUCCCAUCUCUCAGACCAACCAGACUCAACCUUCGACAGCUCCCACUACGAAAUCCUAAUCCCCAAUAACCCCAAGCCCAAACCCAAACCCACGUGGGACGACAAAUUCAGAAUCCGGACAGAUAAAUUGUUGUUCGGCGACGAGACGAAGGGGAGAGUUAAGUUUAAGGAGGAGGAGGAUGAGAGGAGAAAGAUGAUUCUAGCUAAGGCGUUGUUGGAGGCUGCUUUGAAUAAUGAGAAAGAGGAGGAGGAGGAAGAUGAAGAUGGGAGUUUGGGUGUUGUGAAGGAUGAGGAUCAGAAGUCUUUGUCGGUUGGGAUUAUUGGGGCUCCUAAUGCUGGAAAAUCUGCACUCACUAAUUAUAUGGUUGGAACAAAGGUGGCAGCUGUUUCACGUAAGACAAACACAACUACUCAUGAAGUUGUGGGAGUGUUGACCAAAGGAGACACCCAAAUUUGUUUUUUUGAUACACCAGGGCUCAUGCUAAAUUGUGGUGGAUUCCCUUAUAGGGAUGUCAAGGCUCGUGUGGAAAGUGCUUGGAGUUCAGUCAAUCUCUAUGAAGUGCUCAUAGUCAUGUUUGAUGUUCAUAGACAUCUUACCAAGCCUGAUUCAAGAGUUGUAAGACUAAUUAAGCGCAUGGGAGAACGAUCCAUUCCAAAUCAAAAGCGAGUUUUGUGUAUGAAUAAGAUUGAUUUAGUAGAGAAAAAGAAAGAUCUAUUGAAAGUUGCUGAAGAAUUCAAAGAUCUUCCUGGAUUUGAAAGGCAUUUCAUGAUAUCGGGAAUGAAGGGGGCUGGAGUAAAAGAUUUGACUCAGUUCUUGAUGGAGCAGGCUGUAGAACGGCCCUGGGAAGAGGAUCCGUUUACCAUGACCGAGGAAGUUAUGAAAAUGAUAUCGUUAGAAGUUGUGCGUGAAAGGUUGUUGGACCAUGUACAUCAGGAAAUUCCAUAUGAUAUUGAACAUAGGUUGGUUGACUGGAAAGAGUUACGAGACGGCUCUAUUAGGAUUGAGCAACACUUUGUUACUAACAAAUUAAGCCAACGCAAGAUUCUCAUAGGGAAGAAUGGCUCAAAAAUUGGGAGAAUAGGAAUAGAAGCUAACGAAGAGUUAAGGACGAUUUUCAAGAAGCAAGUGCAUCUAAUUCUUCAGGUUAGACUCAAGUAA